AUGUCGACCACAGUGACUCUGACUGCGCCUGUUGCAGAAUUUACAGCCCAAGUACAAUCUACCAAACCUCAGAAGUUACCACCUGCCGAAUACCGGACUAUUGAUGGUCUGCUGAAAGCUCAUGCCGCAGAGCCAUCAAAUGCCCCGUUGCUUGCGUACCCUGUGAAAGGUGUCAGUGACUUCGAGGAGUAUACGGGCAAGGAUCUCGAUCGCUUCACCGAUGCUGCUGUUGCAAAGUAUAUCAGCCAUGGUAUUGCACCGGUCGACCCUUCCCUGCCAGAAGCCCCUGUCAUGGCGUUGCUUGCCCCUUCGAGCCUUGAAGUCUACAUAUCCAUCUUCGCCCUGAACCGACUAGGUUAUGCCAUCUUGUUUCUCUCAACCAGGCUUGCGGCUGAAGCCUAUAUCCAGCUGAUGAUAAUGGCAAAUUGCGAUCGAAUCAUUGCCGCACCGACAUUUCAGACCAUGGUUAGCGAAAUUCAAAAAGCUCAUCCAUGCAGUAGCUACCCGCUACUCGCCCGAGCCGACUACCGCCAUGUCACAAGUCCUCCUGCAUUCGUCCGCAGUAGCGUUGAUCCGGUGAAGGAGGGCAACAAGAUGGGCUGGAUCAUCCACUCUUCUGGAAGUACCGGCUUCCCCAAGCCCAUCAUCCUGACAAACAUGCAAUGCCUGGCCAACUUCUACAAGGGUUUGGGUUUGAAAGCCUUCUGCGUCUCACCUCUCUUUCACAGCCAAGCGUUAAUGGAAUGUGGCCGAGCACUCUAUGCACGGAAGCCCAUGUACCUAGGCAACUAUGCAUUCCCAGUCACAGCGAAGAACCUCAUCGAGGCCAUGUCAGUGGCCAAACCGGAGCUGUUCAAUGUCGUGCCUUACGUGCUCAAGUUGAUGGCCGAAACCGAGGCAGGUAUAGCGCAGCUGCAGAAGGCUGAGCUUGUCUUGUACGCCGGUAGUGCUUGUCCAGACGCACUGGGCAAUAGGCUGGUUGCAGCAGGCAUCAAUCUUGUCGCGAACUACGGAGCUACGGAGACUGGUUUUAUCAUGAACUCCUCCCGCCCAGCAGGAGAUCUUGAAUGGGAUUAUAUGCGGCUCCACUAUCCAAUCUCCAAACAUGUUCUCAUGGACGAGAUAUCACCAGGUGUCUUCGAAUGUGUCGGUCUUGACGGCUUACCAUCCAAGGGGCCUUCAAACUCUGAUGAUCCUCCCAACUCGUUCCGCACUCGCGAUCUAUUUACCAGACAUCCCGACCCUGCAAAGUCGAACUUUUACAAAUAUCUUUCCCGCCUCGACGAUCGUUUGACCCUCGUCAACAGCGAGAAAGUCCUUCCUCUCCCCAUCGAAGGCCGAAUUCGCCAAGAUCGUCUCGUUGGCGAAGCAGCCGUCUUCGGUGCAGGUCGUAGCGUCCCAGGCGUUAUCGUAUUCCGCAACGCGCACUCUGCGCAUCUAUCCGAUGCAGACUUCCUCUCUGCUAUUCAACCCAGCAUUGAUGCCGCCAACGCCGCAGCCGAGAGCUUUUCUCGCAUCCCGCAGGAACUCAUCAUCCCAAUGCACGCCGAUGUUGCCUAUCCAAAGACCGAUAAAGGUACCUUCAUCCGCGCACAAUUGUAUCAAGUCUUCGCCACUGCCAUUGAUGCCGCCUACGCCGCCUUCGAAGAUACCUCUCCAUCCGCCAUGGACAGCAGCUCUCUCCUCGAGCUCUCGAUCCCUGAGCUAGAAUCUUUCCUCAUGUCCACCUUUGCCACCACGCUCAACACCCCACUCCCGUCCCCAACUUCUGACAUCUUCUCCUGCGGCAUUGACUCCCUACAGACCACUCGCCUAUACAGUCUGAUCCGCAAACAUUUGUCUCUCGGCGACAACGCGAGCAAGCUCUCCACCAACGUCGUCUUCGAGACCGGGAACGUUGCCGCCCUCGCUCGUCACCUCUACAGCUUGCGUACAGGCGAGCCCGAGGAAGACCCUGCCGGCAGCGUCACUACCACGAUGCAGGAGCUUAUCUCUCAGUACUCGGUCUUCACACCCCACGAGCCAGCCAACUGGCCUACUCCAGAUCGCACCAACAACGCCGUCAUCCUCCUCACAGGCUGCACUGGCAGCCUAGGCGCCUACAUCGCCGCGUCCCUCCUCUCACGCCCCGGCGUCUCCCACGUCUACGCUCUGGUCCGCGCCCCAAGCGCCGCCGCCGCCCGCACACGCGUGCUCUCACAACUCCACUCCCGCGGCAUCGACCUCCCCGCCUCCCUCCUCGACAAACUGACCUGCCUCCCCUCCGACCUCAGCCUCCCGACUCUAGGCCUCUCCGAAACCCACCUCACCUUACUCCGCACCUCCCUCACCCACGUCAUCCACUGCGCCUGGCCCGUCAACUUCAACCUCCCCCUCCCAGCCUUCGCGCCCUCUCUCGCCAGCAUCCAAAACCUCAUCAACCUCUGCACGUCCGUGCAACUCGCCACCCCCGCCGCCUUCUACUUCUGCAGCUCCGUCUCCGCCGCAAGCGGCACGCCCCGCCCCGCCAUCGUGCGCGAGACGCGCGUCCCCGAUCUCGCGCACGCGCAGACUAUGGGCUACGGGCAGGCGAAACUGUGCGGCGAGCGCAUCACCGAGGCUGCUUCUUCUUUCCAGGGUGGAUCCACGCGCAUGCAGAGCCGUGUCAUGCGCGUGGGCCAGCUGAGCGGCGACCUCGAGCGCGGCGCCUGGAACGCCACGGAGGCGGUCGCCCUCCUCGUGCGGUGCGCGGCGCAGGACGGCCUGCGCUGCCUGCCGCGCCUGGACGAGCGCGUGAGCUGGCUGCCCGUCGACGUGUGCGCCGAGGCUAUUGUCGUGCUGGCGCUGGGGGGUGGUGAUGUUGCGAGGCGUGCUCAACACCAGGGCCAGGAACACGAGUACCAGCAGGAGCACCAGCAGGAGCAGGAGCAGGAGCAUGACCGUGACCAUGCCCAUGACGAUCAAAGUGAACCUGACCUCGUCUACAACGUCCUCAACCCCCACACCCUCCACUGGACGUACGACGUCCUGCCCGCGCUGCGGCGCACGGCCCUCCUUCCGCAUUUCGACGAGGUCAGUCCCGCCGAGUGGCUGAGACGCCUGCGCGAGGCAUCACAAGACGCAGAGGCGAAUCCGAGUCUGAAAUUGUUGGGGUUUUGGGAGGGCAAGUAUGGCCAUGCGAGGGAGGCGGGAUUCGAGAGAGGGAUCGACAGUGGGAUGGAAGGGGGUCGGCAGAAUGGCCUGGAGUUUGAGACGGUGCGCACGGUGCGGGACGCGCCGGUCGUGGCGAGUGCGGGGCGGGAGGUGCUGUUGAAGCAUGGGCCGGAUGGGUACGUCAGUAAGCUUGUGGGCUGUUGGUUGAAGGAUUGGGGCAUGGAGCCUUUGGAGGGCAGCUGA